AUGCAAUCAAUUGAGUGGAGUCGAGUGAACGAUAUGGUCACGGGGACGGACGACGACGGUGAUGUGAGUUGAACUUGGGGAAUUUUCUCGCGUCUCGGGAUCGAGACUUCGGCUGACUCGACCUCGACGACUUUGUCUUCUUCUUCUUACUAAUACAUAGAUCUACGUCACGUCUUUCGGAGAGGACGAGCAGGAGGACGAAGACUCGACCUUCAUCGAGACAAGCACACCGUUGGACUCAAUCCCACCGACUCGAGGAUGCUCUCGACUUGCGAUUGUUCGGAUUUCGGAAGGGUAUUCUACAUGGGGGGCUAAGCAGAGGGGGGUAUGAGCAGUGGCGAGCAGGGGAUAUGAGGAUGAGUUUGUAAUGUAGUACAUUUGGGCAUCCUAGCCCGCCCCCCUAUUCCGAACCGAACCGGCCCAAUAGUGCGGUCAAAAGCAGAGCAAUUUGGCCAAAAACAGUUUAGCCUGGCCGAAUUGAAAGUUCGGGUGUGCAUAUAACGGUUCGCCGAUUUGGCGCGGGGAGGUAGGACCCGGGAAAGUUCAGCCCAAUGUGCGUCCGAUAGAUUUGUACAUUUCGGGCCCAUUUAUGCCAUGUGUAUGCUACAUGACGUAAUUUUUGAUGGUAGAGUAACUUUUUCAACACAGCCCGAUACUUUGGUCUUACACCGGAAUACAUACACCCCUUGGAAAGGGAUAUUCGGUGUACAAAUCGGCCUAAAAACGGGGUUUUUCGAGACGCACCUUCGGCUGAGCUUUCCCGGGUCCUGGGGAGGUUAGCGCAAUCGAGUGCCACCCCCCGGCACCGGUACCGCCCCGGCUUUCUGGGGUCCUACCAUAGCCUACCAUGGGCCUGCUCGAGCGCCCGCUGCUGGGCGCCCCGCGGCUCGACCCUCCUCUUCCUCCCGCUCUGAUCAACAGAACCAGCCCCCCGCGCGUCAUGACAACCUUGGUAUUGCGACACGUUUACGAGCCCGCCGUGCAGCUGUGCAGAACGGACAACGUGGUCAGCGCGAUGGCCGACCCGACGCUGAGCCCGCCCCACCACCACCUCCUCCUGUGCAAGGGCGCGUGCGCCGGGCUCGAAUCGCGCUCAAACCCCUCAAGCCCCAUGUUUCGAUCCGCGACGACCUCGGCCCCCAGACGGCCGUGUGCACCCACUGCAAGGCUCGGCACUGGGAGUGCGAAAGGUCGAAGUCGACCGGACAUUUCAGCACGUGCUGCUCGCAGGGCAAGGUGCGGCUACCUCCCCGUCCCCAGCCCAAUCUCGAGUAUCGGCAGCUUCUUGAAGGCUCGGAUAGCGGUCAGUUGCUCCGUCCAACAACAUUCGUCUGCAGUAGACCUACAUGCUGAACUGUGCGACAAGUUUUCCCACGACAAUCUUCCCACGCACACAGAAGCUAAAGCGUUCCGCGAGAACGCCCGGUCGUACAACAACGCGUUGUCGUUUACUUCGCUCGCUGCCCACUGGGACCAAACUCAAGUGGGCACGCUAGGACCCCCCGUGUUUCGCGUGUUUGGUCGCCUCUAUCAUCGACCCGGCGCCCUGAUCCCUGCCGUGAAUCAACGCCCAGCCUUUGCUCAAACAUGGCUCAUCGACCCGGCCGAGGCGACCGACACUCGACUUGGACCCGACGGCGCAGACAGUCGCAUGCAACGAUCUACUUUGACCAAGCUCGACUCCAUCCUGCGUAUCGGCAAUCGCUUUGUGAGGGAGUUCGCAUCAGCCAAAGCUCGCGCAGGUUGGGAUACGGCCAAAGAGUGGGUCCUGCGCCUCUGCCUACCACCAGGCCGACACCGACGCACCCACAACCUUCCUACGUCAAGCACGGAAAUGGCGAUGCUUAUCUGCGAUUCCGACACCAACACGGGAGGUCAUGGAAAGACCUUAUCUCCAGGUGCUCGGUGAUCGAUGUUCAGACGGUCGGCCCAAGUACCAAGUCAUCCGCUCGCUCCAUCCGUCUGCGUUGCCUCUCCGGUACCCACUACUAUUUCCUGCAGGGGAAGAUGGCUUCCACCCCAACAUUCCUCGUUGCGGGUUUCACCAAGCUGGGCUGCCAAUCGCCAGAAACCGAGAGCAGAUCGACAAUGGUGUCCGAUUGCGCGAGGUACUUGCCGGCCUCGGUCUGGAUGACGAAGACGAAGAGGAGGACGAAGACCGCGACGAUGAGGAUGAAGACGGCGAGGAAGGGGACGAAGAGAAUGGUGAUGGUGAGCGUACGCGUCUUCGGCUCUUUUUCCGAUGUUCCAUCAAGGCGGAAGCACAGACUGACAUUGAACCUUUGAACACCUAGGACGAAGGUCAAGUGAAGGGGGUCGAGGUGACGUCCCUUACUGGAGUUUGUGAUCGACGGAUACUCCCAAGUCGAUCCACCCAACACAUCCGGGGGCAUCAAGAGACUCUACGCCUCACCACGACCCAAGGCAUCAACGGCUCGACCCCGGACCAAAUUGGACGUUCGAUGACCUUGGGCUCGACGUUCAAGAAUAGACCGCGCAACAUCACGCAGCGAUACCAGGGUGCGAUGGCGUGCGUUGUCAAACAUUGAAAGCCUCGGCUGCUCAUCACGAUGACGUACGACCCCGAAUCACCGGGAAUCAAGGCUGCACUGGGGCCGAAUGACAAAGCAUGCAACCGUCCGGAUCUCAUUACACGAGUGUUUGAAGCCAAGUCCGGCAACAAGCGACAUGCAGGCUGUUUCGGCGAUGAAUGUAGGAUGAAUGGCUUUUGUUUCUUUGCGGUACUUCGUAUUGUGUUUUCUUAA